AUGUUUUCCAGAGCCAUCGCCCUGCGCGCUGGACCAGCAGCUGCCUCGUGUCGGAUUUGCAGCCACAGGAGUUUGAGCAUGCCUCUGCGGGCCAAGAUCAACAAUGUCGGAGGGGCGCGAGCACAGAUGUCGACAAGAAUCAGGCCCGAAGACUUCAAGCCCCUCUCUGAAGAUGACCCCGACGAUGUCGUCUUCAACAGCGCGUUCGGCGUCCGCUCCAUCGAGCUCAACCGCCCCAAGAAGCUCAACUCCCUGAACGCCUCCAUGAUCCGCAAGAUUGUCCCACGCUUGAGCGAGUGGGAAAAGUCCGACAUGGUCAACGUCAUCCUCAUGAAGGGAGCCGGCGAAAAGGCCUUCUGCGCCGGCGGCGACGUGACGGCCCUCGCCCAGUACAACCAGGAGGGACCCGGCGGCUGGAAGAAGAGCGCCGCCUACUUUGAGCUCGAGUACAAGCUCAACCACUACAUCUCGACAUAUACCAAGCCCUACGUCGCCAUCAUGGACGGCAUCACCAUGGGCGGCGGCGUUGGCCUCAGCAUCCACGCCCCCUUCCGCAUCGCCACCGAGAGGACCGUCUUCGCCAUGCCCGAGACGACCAUUGGCUUCUUCCCUGACGUCGGCGCCUCCUUCUUCCUGCCGAGGAUGAACGGCGGCAUCGGCACCUACCUCGCCCUGACGAGCGACCGCCUCAAGGGCGUCAACGCCUUCUACUCGGGCAUCGCCACGCACUACCUCGACUCGACGACCCUGCCGCUCGUCGAGGCCCGCCUCAGCGAGCUGCGCUUCCAGGACUACGACUCGCUGGCCCACCGCCUCGCCGUCAUCAACAGCACCAUUGAGGAGUACACCACGGGCCUGCCCUACGGCGAGCCCAUCCUGCUGGCCGGCGAGCUGCGCCGCGCCAUCGACCGCUGCUUCACCAAGGACAGCGUGCCCGAGAUUCUCAAGGCCCUCGAGGCCGAGGAGGGCGCCACCAAGGCCUGGGCGCAGAAGACGCUCGAGACGCUGCACAAGCGCUCCCCGACCGCCGUCCACGUGACCCUCCGCCAGAUGCGCGUCGGCCGCGACUGGUCCAUCGCCAAGACGUUCCAGCGCGAGCACCAGAUCGCCGCGCAGUUCAUGCAGCACCCCGACUUCACCGAGGGCGUCAGCGCCCUGCUCAUGAGCAAGGGCAACCCGCGCGAGCCUGCCUGGCAGCCCGCCACCCUCGAGCAGGCCGCCGCCGCCGCCGGCGACGUCGCCGAGCCCUUCUUCCGCUACGACGAGGGCCAGGCGCUCGAGCUGCUCAACGACGAGUCCUUUGACGAGUACCCCCACGAGUUUGGCCUACCCAAGGAGGACCUCAUCGAGGCCGUCAUCGAGCGCGGCAACCUGACACCCAAGGAGGUCGUCAGCCACGUCGCCGGCACGUACAACCACCGCACCGGCGUCGCUGAGGUCGUCGAGGAGUUCAUCGACAGGGCCGUCACGACGAACAGCAAGGGCAUCGCGCGCAUCGCCGGCAAGAAGGGCGCCAAGGCGGCCAAGGCGUAG